UUCGGUUCCUGCUCUGCCCCUUCUCCUCUGUUCUUCCUCCUCUCCGCCGCCGCCGUCUCGUUCAUCUUAGAAGAUGACAUACAUCCACGCUGCAAAUGUAGGCAAUGCACAUUGCUGACCUUCCAGUUCGAGUCCUGUGUGCAAUAGGACUGAUCAGCAGCAGGGAUGCAUUCAUGAUCAGGUCUUGUGUGCGCUGGAGGAGAAGGUGAACUAGGGAGGGAGGUUGGAGGAAGACGAGGGGCUGGCUAACCGGCGGCUGGAGAAGCGCGGCGGCGGAGGAGAGGCAGGAUGCUGCAGCGGGCGGCCAGCAACGCCUACUCGUGGUGGUGGGCGAGCCACAUCCGCACCAGGCAGUCCAAAUGGCUCGACAGCAACCUCCAAGAUAUGGAAGAUAGGGUCAAAUGCAUCCUCUUACUCCUUGGAGAGGAAGCAGAUUCUUUCGCAAAGAGGGCAGAAAUGUAUUACAAGAGGCGACCAGAGGUGAUCAGCUCCGUGGAAGAAGCGUACCGGGCAUACAGAGCCCUUGCAGAACGCUAUGACCACAUGUCAGGAGAGCUACACAAAGCAAACCACACUGUUGCAACUGCCUUCCCUGACCAGGUUCAGUAUUCUAUGCUCGAAGAGGAUGAUGACAGUCUCCCGAAAGCAUUCACGGCGGUUGAUCCUCGUAAAAUCCACAAAUCAACGGUGGAGGGGCUGAUGAAUAAGAAGAAAGGAAGGAAACCAGGACAGAAAGAUGGAGGAAAGAAUUGUGCAGCUCCAGUCAACAAGGAGAAUGCGCAAAAGGAGAUCAGCAGGAUGCAGAAAGAGAUAUUGGUGCUGCAGACUGAGAAAGAGUUCAUCAAGAGCUCUUACGAGAGUGGAAUCGCAAAGUACUGGGAUCUUGAAAAGCAAAUCAAUGACAUGCAUGAAGAAGUCUGCUACUUCCAGGAGGAGUUCAACGAAAGCGCUGUGAUUGAAGAUGAUGAGGCGAGAGCUUUGAUGACAGCGAGUGCCCUUAAAUCUUGUGAAGACGCCAUUGCCAGACUGCGGGAGCAGCAGAAGCUCUCGUUCAGCCAAGCAAUGGUUGAGCUGGAAAGGGCCAGUGUUUCCAGAGAGAAACUGAAGAACAUCAUGAAAGAGCAUGGUAAAUUCCUGUCGGAUUCAGGAAAUUCUCUUUACGAGAAUGUGAGAAAUGAUGCCACCGUUAAGAUGGAUGAUCUGUACUCUAUGAAGCAGGAGAAAAUUGGAAUAGAAGCAAUAGUAGAUAAGAUCAAGGAAUACUUUCAGAAAGACACUGAUAUUUCUGUGGCAGAGAUUGCAGAGAGAAUUGAUGACAUGGUCAAUAAAGUUGUGGACUUGGAACUCAUGGUUUCAUCACAGACUGCUAAGAUAGAUAGGCUGUGUCUGGAAAACACAGAGCUGGAGAUAUCACUCCAGGAACUGGAGGGAGAGCAGGCAGUAGUAAACAGUGGUUCAGGUGAAUUGAAUGACAAGCUAGAGAAGGCAGAAGAUGAGCUGAUGAGAGUGCAGUACCUUGAGAGCUCCUUCCAUGCAGAGGAAAGCAUAGUCUAUUCAAAUUUCGCUGAAACCGCAAGUAGCUUUUGUUGUAUUACAGACUUAUUGCAGUCACCUCCUGUUGAGCACCAAGCUGGUUCUGCGCCCAGGCUGACUCAUGAAGCGACACCAUCCGCUGACACUGCAUCAUCUGGCAAGUGCGAGAAAACAGAACCUGAAGAAGAUCCUCAGAUGGAUAAACCUACAACAAAGCCUGACAUGGAUGGGGUCCCUGAUAGUUCUGGUAAAUUGGAGCUAGCUACGAUCAGCGAUAACUGUCACCAUGACAUCAAGGAAGAAAGGCAAUACUGCGCAGAUGAUUUGGAGGAUUUGUGGGAUUGCGGGCUUGAAAGAAAGUCGAGCUUUGCAGAUGCAUCGGUAAAUAAGGAAACAGCAGAAAAUGUUAUUACAGGUAUGUUGCAGACACCUCUUACUGAGCACCAAGCUGGUUGUGUGCCCACACUGGCUGAUGAAGCAACACCACCCGCUGACACCGAACCAUCUGGCGAGUAUGAGAAAAUAAAACCAGAAGAAGAUCCUCUAAUGGAUAAAGCUACAAGAAAGCCUGACAUAGAUGGACUCCCUGAUUGUUCCAGUAAGUUGGAGCUAGCUACAGUCAGUGACAACUCUCACCAGUCUAACUGUUACAAUGACAUUAAGGCAGAAAGGCAUGACUGCACAGAUGAUUUGGAGGAUUUAUGGGAUUGUGGGUUUGAAAGAAAUUCUAGCUUUGCAGUUGCAUCAGUAAAUAAGGAAACAGCUGAAAAUGCAGGCAGUGAUACUACAGAUAUGUUGCAGUCACCUCUCACCGAGCACCAAGUUGGUUAUGUGCCCACAAUGACUGAUGAAGCAACACCACUCGCUGACUCCAAACCAUCUGGCAAGUGUGAAAAAAUAAAACCAGAGGAAGAUAAUCAGAUGGAUAACGAUACACAAAAGCUUGACAUAGAUGGAUUCCUGGAUUGGUGUGGUAAGCCAGAGAUAGCUAUCAUCAGUGCUGAUUCAGAGAAUUUGUGGCAGUUUGAGCUUGACGGUGAAUCUAGCUUUGCAGCUGCAUCAGUAGAUAAUGGAACAGCAGAAAAUGCAGAUAACAGUACAUCUGGUGAACAUAACAAUGCAGAAGUGAAAUAUAAUCAUGGAGCCAUUGGCAGCAACAUGCAACCAUAUGUUGUACAUUCUCAUGAGCAAGGUUCGGUAGAUCGAUUGCAUCAAAGUUCACCUGAAGCCCCAUGGGAUCACGACCUAAAACAAGUGGAUGGCAAGCAAGAUUCAUCGACAGUGGAUCAUAGCAUUUUUGGAGGCCACUUGGAACAAGAUAUGAACAUAGAAGAACGGUUAGAAGACUCGCAUUUCACUGAAAAUUUCACUCCUGGCAAUGGAAAAGCUGUUGGUGUUGGAGAUCAAGAGAACAACAUGGCUAAUAUGCAGCAAUUGCAUAUGAGUGGACUCCAAGACAAGAAAAUGGUACUAUUAACCGAGUGCAAGGAAAAAGAAUCAGAAGAAGAUCCUCAGAUGGAUAAAGCUACAAGGAAGCCUGAAAUAUAUGAAUUCCCUGACUUUUCCAGUAACUUGGAGCUAGUAAACAGCAAUGACAACAGGCAGCCAUCUAACAGUUACCAAGAAAUUAUGGCAGAAAAGCAUGACAGUGUGGGUGAUUCAGAGGAUUUGUGGUAUUGUGGGCUUGAGAGAAAAUCUAGCUUUGCAGUUGCAACGGUAAAUAAGGAGAAGGCAGAAAAUAUAGACAAUUACGCAUUUGGUGAACAUAACAAUGGCAUCAGCAUGCAACCCUAUGUUGUUCAUUCCCAUGAGCAGGGAUCAUUAGAUCGAUUGCAUCACAUUUCAUCUGAAGUCCCAGGAGAUCAUCAUGCGAAGUUAGAGGAUGACAAGCAAGAUUCAUCAACAGCGGGCCAUAGCAUUUCCAAAGGCCACUAUGAACAAGAGAUGAAGAAAGCAGAAGAGUCAGAAGACACACAUGGCACUGAAAAUUCAAUUCCUGGCAGUGAAAUUGCUGUUGUUGUUAGAGAUCAAGAGGAGAACAUGGCUAAUCUGCAGAAAUUGCUUAUGAGUGGACUCCAAGACAAGGAAAAGGUACUACUGACCGAGUACACUUCUAUCCUCCGAAAUUACAAAAAUGCAAAGAGAAGGCUUACAGAAGUGGAGAUAAAGAAUCAGGAAUGUUUGGAUGAGAUGAAAGCCAUGAUGAGCGAACUACGCUCUGCCAAUGAAUUGAAGGAUAAGGAGAUUCGGUCACUACGUGAACUCCUGAACACUUCUACUGUCAAAGAUGCACAUCAGAAUGGCCAUCAAAUGAAUACAUACACGUCCUUGAGUAUCAAGAGUGGGUCCUUCAGGGGGCACCGAAGGAUCCCAAGCUUUUUGCCAGGUCAUCAAAGGAGAGAAAGUGCUUCUUCCAUUUCGAGGAUAAUCAUGAAGAAUUCUAGCCCGAAGAACAAAGAUGAUGCAUCACAUGAUGCUGUUUUUCAGGCAGAAAGAAUCGGUAUGGGUGACAUCAGAUUAACUAAUAUUCUUGAGAUGCAGAACGCCUCACCUCUUGAGGACAAGUUCAGAAGAGACAUCGAUGGGCUUUUGGAGGAGAACCUAGACUUCUGGAUGAAGUUCAGCACAUCAUUCGAAAAGAUUCUAGAAUUGCAGACCAAGCAUGAUCAGCUUCAAUCAGAGAUUGGCAAGCGAACAAACGCGGACAGGCUCAAGGAAAACAGCGGUGGCACAAGUGAUCCUCGUGCAGAAGCUGAACCCGAAACCAUAGAGAAGCGGCUACGGGAACUUAAGAUUGAAAUGCAAGUAUGGCUGGAACAGAAUGCGAUGUUCAAAGGGGAGCUCCAGUGCAGGUUUGCUUCCCUGUGCAGUAUACAAGAGGAAAUCCAGGCAGCAAUGGAGAUGGAUGCAGAGACUGUGGAAGGAAUCCAAUUCACUUCAUACCAUGCUGCCAAAUUCCAAGGGGAGAUCUUGAGCAUGAAGCAGGAGAACGACAAGGUUGCGGAUGAACUGCAGGCUGGCUUAGAUUAUAUAAGAGGCCUACAAGAAGAAGUCGAAAAGAUCCUGGCAAAGAUACUGAAGAGCACCAGCUUAUCUGGGUCGAAAGGCAGCAGCCCUUGGAGGAAUGCACCCUCUAAGUCACGAGUGCCGCUCCGGUCGUUCCUGUUUCCAGCCAAGAAAAAGAAACCAUCCCUGCUGGCAUGCAUGAAUCCAGCACUUCAGAAGCAGUACAGUGACAUGGCAUUCUUUGCUAAAAUGGAAUAGGCCUUCAUGAUGGAACCGAAUUCAUCACACACGGAGCCAGAUGAGCUGUGUCUGUGAGGCAAACAUGACCUGAAAUAUGACUAUCAGGUUGUAUUAGACAGCUUCAUUGUUGGGCUAACUACAAGGUUCUCACGGCAUAUUUAGUGGAGAAACUAGGGAUUACAUUUAGCUAUUUCUUUUCAGAGGACAUACAUAUAUAUACUUUUGUCAAUAAUUUAUU